GUUUCUCCCUCUCUCUCCCUGACCGGAAUCGCACUGUGGGUUGUGCAGUAUGUGGGCCGUUCAAAGGAGGCGAGAGCGAGCGACGCUAGUCGUUGCUCUGCUGGUGUGCUGUGCUGGAGGGAGAAUGGAAGUGGAAUGUGGAGAGAAGUUAUACACCAAGAGCUUCUUCUCACCAGUAUUCGAGACUUCACCUGGCAACGUGUUCGAUCGUUUUCAAAAUGUGGAAUUUCCCGAGGGUCAUUUGGCAGUUCGCAGCUUCACUGCCGACAUGUUUGAUGCGGACACUGGUCAACCAAUUUCCUUGUCGGAACUGUACUUACAUCACUGGCUCUUGCUAAAAUUUGCUGUGAAGAAAGGCUUCAAAGAGCUUCUCAGCUCAGCUCCUCUUGCGGCACGAAAUUCCACAAGAAGAUACGGUUCCCACUAUCUGCAUAAUCAUAUGGAACGAAUGGCCUUCAGACCUGAAGCUCAGCCCCUCCAGGGACCGCUCAAAGGCCGACAGGUUUGUCAUGAAGACGAAGGACCCCAAAGCGACCACGCAUUUGGAACUGGGGCAGAGAGCAGACAUACUAAACUAAUUUUUCCUGCUCCGUAUGGUGUUGUGACUGGAGACAAGUCAGAGUAUGAGGAAGGUUACGAGGAGGCAUGGUACCUAAACGUGCACUCAAUCGAUCUGAGAGGCGUCGUGGAUCCCAGGGGCUGUUUUGAAUGCGCCUGCCACUUGUACAAUGUCACCGUAGAUUACGACGGUUUCCCACUGCCUGAUGGCUACAAAGGUGGUCUCAGAUGUUGUUAUCAUUUGACAAACUGUGCACUGAAGCCCGGAGUCCAGGACAAGCCCAGAAGAGUACAGAUGAAGUAUACAAUUAGCUGGGUCGAGUACGACGACUCCGUGAGGCCACUCCGCUGCUUCGUUCUGGACGCGACUGAUACGCGUGCUUCAGUCGAUGACACUCCUGACUGCAAGGCCGAGUAUGAUAUUCCCAAGUGCACCGAUGGGACAGCACAUGAGGAGUGCAUCCACACUCUUAAAUCAGUGGAAGGGCUUCCCAAGGGAGGAGAUCUCAUAUUCGCCUUUCUUCACCAACAUUCUGGAGGUCUAGGCGGGAGAGUCUUCAACGAGGCUGGUGAGAAAUUAUGCGAGUCCCUGCCCAUAUACGGACAGGGAAACGAAGCAGGCAACGAAGCAGGCUUUGUGGUAGGCAUGAGUCCAUGUUAUCCCAAGCCUGGAAGCGUCAAGAUUCGAACGAUGGAAGCGCUGCGCGUGGAGUCCGAUUACAGCAGCGUUGUGAGCCGAACGGGAGUCAUGGGUAACAUGAAAGUCUACGUUGCGGACACUGUCACAGAGGAAUUGGAUCCUUUGGCUGGGCGUGACAUUGAGCAGGUCGUGAACAGCGUUGAAUGAAAAGUGGACGUGCUACAUGUUCAUUCUUUUGUUUGUCUAUCGGUUCAGCGUACCAAGUACGGAUUAUAGCUCUAUAUCUGUCGUAAUAUACUUCAGAUAAGAAGCUCGCUGAGCAUAUUUGCAAGGGGUCCAGUUUGUAUACUUUUCAAGUUUGCUUGGGGUUUCUACAACUGUAUCGUACUAAAUGUUCUGGAGAUUAGUCAUGUCCAGAAAACCUUGGUCCAACCACCCAGGAAGCUGCAUUGGUUGGAGUAGUGGUUUCAUGGCCCCUAUAUACUUGUAGUGCCAUAAUUCAUUUCGGAUUAUAUAUGUGGCUAAACCUUUUAGGCUAUAGAAACUGUGUGUUGAAAAAUCAUUUUAGCAGUUAAACACUUAUGAUUUGAAGAUUUGGUUUUCAGUAGUGGAAGAAGAUUUAAGCGCGCACUUUUUAUGAAAAAUU